UCUCUUCAGGAGGGAGGAGAGAGGAGCGCACGGAGGAAACUACACUGCUCGGUACUCGGCACAAAAAAAAUGACCCGGGCAAAACUCGCUGGAGUCCGUUGGGAAACCAUGAAACGUCCUUGAGUGUGUGUGUGUGUGUGUGGCUCGCUGGACUUUCUGUGGGACAACAGGAAAGGAGGAGAAGUGGAGACGCUCCGUACGCAGGAGAAUCUGUUGUUGCCAGUUUCUCCGAGAGGAAAAAGGACGCGCUGAGCAGAGAAAAGACCCGGAGAAGAAGUUUGUGCAGGAUGCAGGGGGUUUCAGCUACUGACCUCCCUGCCUCUGCUCUGCAGUACCAGUGUGGAUCAGUGGACUACCUGUGUUCUCCACAGCUGGUUAAGAAAAGUCCGACCCCCAGACCAUGUCACGACAGGCCCGCCAUCAAACCACGGCCCCAAUCCUCCUCCUCACCCAGACCGCAGACCGCACAGAAACCUCAAGUGCCCCCUAAACCUGCGCACCUGCUCGCGCUCGGGCAAGACAAGAAACCUAAAAGGAUCCCCCCAGCGCCUUCCAGGCCUUUGCCAGCACCCCCUCCUCCGCCGAAACCAAAGCCGAACCUGACCCCUCCUGUCCUGGGAGCACAGCCACAGCGGGAGGCCCAGAAGGUGGGGCUGCUCAUCGAGAGGUUUGAGAAUUCAAGGGUCCCAAUCCUGGGGGUGCUCCCACGCUCCCAGCUGCACCUGUGCCUGAGAAUGGACGCUGCGAACGACAUCAACUCCUCCUGCGGCCAGGACACGACGGCGAAGGCUGCAAGAGACUCCGAACAAACUCCGGAGGUAUCUGAACUUUCCUGCCUGGCCUCCAUGCACAUCGACGGUUCUGAUGAGGCUGCGCUGGACGAGUGUGCGGAGGACGACAUCACGCACGGCAUCGGUUGCCUUGACGACGUGGAGCGGGAGGAAGGCUCCUCCCAUGAGCUCCUGGACAAUCCGGACUCCUCGGAGCAGAACGGGAAGAUUCCCAACCGGGACAGCGGCAUCGACAGCCCGUCAUGCGCCGCGGACGGGGAGGUGUUCCCAAACGAGGACGCCAUCGAUGAGGAGGAUCAUUACGACAGCGUCACGGAAACGGAGAGUGUGUCCUGCUGUGUUACCCUGGGCAACAAGCGAGACUCAACGCAGGAUGAGGAUAGUGACUUGGACGAGGGGAGUAGUGGGGAGAUGCACCCUCUGACAGACACACAGACUGGGUAUAUAGCAGACACAACGUCAGAGGCAAACAAAUGCUCAGAGGCUCAGCGACUCCUGAACAUCGCCAAGGAGCUUCUCCACACUGAAGAGGCCUACGUCAAGAGACUCAACCUCCUCGACCAGGUAUUUUGCACUAAGCUCACAGAGGCUGGAAUCCCUCAGGACGUCAUUACAGGGAUCUUCUCCAACAUCUCCUCCAUCUACUGCUUCCACGACAAGUUCCUGCUCCCCGAGCUCAAGACGCGGAUUACAGGAGAGUGGGACUCAAACCCUCGUAUCGGAGACAUCCUCCAGAAACUGGCUCCGUUUAUGAAGAUGUAUGGAGAGUAUGUGAAGAACUUUGACCGAUCGAUGGACCUGGUUAAUACCUGGACGCAGCGGUCUUCACAGUUCAAGAGUGUUGUCCAGAACAUACAGAAACAGGAUGUGUGUGGGAACCUCACGCUGCAGCACCACAUGCUGGAGCCGGUCCAAAGGAUUCCUCGCUACGAGCUGCUGCUCAGAGACUACCUGAAGAAACUGCCUGACGACGCCCUCGACCGGAAAGACGCAGAGAAGGCGCUGGAGCUGAUCUCUACUGCAGCGAACCACUCCAAUGCAGCGAUCAGGAAAAUGGAGAAGAUGAACAAGCUCCUGGAGGUUUACGAGCGGCUCGGGGGAGAGGAGGACAUCGUUAACCCUGCCAACGAGCUCAUCAAAGAAGGACAUAUCAAGAAGAUGUCAGCCAAAAACGGAACAGCACAAGACCGAUACCUCUACUUGUUCAACAAUAUGGUUCUGUACUGCGUGCCUAAACUCAGACUGAUGGGACAGAAGUUCAGUGUCAGAGAGAGGAUUGACAUCGCCGGCAUGGAGGUGCAAGAGAAUGUGAAGCAGAACCUUCCUCACACCUUCGCCAUCAUCGGCAAGCAGCGUUCACUGGAGCUGCAAGCCAGGACAGCUGACGAGAAGGAGGAUUGGAUUCAGGUGAUCCUGGCCACGAUCGAGAGGCACAAACAGAACAGUGAAACGUUCAACAAAGCUUUCAACAGCUCCUUCUCUCGAGAGGACGACCAUCUCCCUGACUCACCGGGUCCCUGGGGCACCCCAUCCAUGGACUCCGACAGUGAAAGACUGCACGAGAGGAAGAGUUCCAGGAAAAAGGAGAAAGAGACAUGUAAAGGCUGCAGCGAGAGCUUCAAUUUCACCAAGCGCAAACACCACUGCAAGUCCUGUGGAGCGGCCAUCUGUGCAAAGUGUUCAAAGACCCUGGACAACAAAACGAGCCGAGUGUGCCCAGAGUGUUUCGAAGCCAGCCUCAGUCUGGAGAAUCUCGGCGUCAGUGAACAGAAAAGGAAAGCAGCGCCUGAGGUGAGACACACACUCGGAGACAAACAGAGCCAAGAACACACAGACAGACUCACACACACACUGAGAAAGACUGCACAGCAUGUGGAUAGCAGUUUAUUUUUCUGCCUCCGUUCCUGCCAGUCCAAUCCAUCUCUUCAUGACAGUAAAGGGGCGCGGGCGGUGCCUCUCCCUGGGUUCGAGGUGAGCGCGAUGCCGCCAUCGGCAGCCGAAAAGUCUGAGGGGAAACACGCAGUCCGGCUUAGUCACACGCAGCAAACUUUGCUCUUAAGUGCCCAAGAUGCAGAAGUUCAGGCCAAGUGGAUUGACGUCCUCUCCAGAGCUGCACGCGGAGAAUCACCCCCAGAUUCGUCGACGAGCCUGACGGAACACAGGAAGAGCCAGUAG